AUGCAACAUGACUUUUCUCCUUUUCCCGUUAUGAAAUGCUUACAGAUAACAAAACUCUCGGGCCUGUUCGUCUUAGCUUUAGGCUUAUGGCUUUUGCUGGACCGUUCUGUUUACGAUAUCUUGAUAACUCACGGUACUUCUCAAACAAGUGGGAACUUCCUGUUGAUAUGCUACUUGUUAAUUGGCUCGGGAGCGAUAAUGACAUUGAUCGGUGGAUUGGGAUGUUGCGGGGCCUGGCGUCUUAAUCAAGGAAUGCUCACAGGGUUCUUCCUUAUUUUAAUUUUCGUAUUUUGCCUACAACUGACCUGUGCAGUGUUGGCAUACAGUCAGCAAGACCUGAUAAAGCGUUACAUUGAUCAUUCUAUGUACCGAAUUGUGCAACAACUUUACUCUACUCAGUCAAAUUAUAAAGAAUUACUUGACGAAAUACAAACUAAAUUCCAAUGUUGUGGUGUGCGAGGAUAUCGCGACUGGAUAUAUUCUUCAUGGGAGCGUAAUGUUUCAGGAAGAAUUGAACUUGGCAUCGGAAACUCAGAUAUCGGCAAAGUUCCUAGAUCAUGCUGUAAUGAACAAGGCUUACGUGAUUAUCCUACUGAGUGUGGGCUGAGUUUCGACAAAAUGGAGCUGUGGACCUAUGAACCGUUUAUUCAUUUGAAGGGAUGCAGCGAAGCAAUUUAUGAAGCAGCCUAUAGUCAUUUGAACAUCGCAAUUCUUGUUUGUGUCAGUUUGGGUGCUCUUGAGCUUUUGGGUAUGUUUCUCACUAUGUUGCUUUGCUGCUGGCUGAAUUCUGGAGGACGACGCAAAACGAACUUAUAG